GUCCCGACUCACAGUUUUGAGCCGCCAUGGCAGUACGGGAGGUCUCUAUCCACGACUCCUUGCGUUUACUGAAGACCCACCUGCCACAGUUCGGCGCGGCGGAUGUCUGGGUACCUCGUAGCUGGCCCCUGACGCAGGGUGAUUUGAGCAGCCUGGAGGUGGAACGGUGCAUGGUGAUGGCAGAUCACUUGCUCUCCUACGACGCCUUGCUGAACUCUUUCCCUCCCUUGGUUUGGACCGGGACGAAGAGCGAAGUGGCGAAGUGUCUGGAGUUGCAGCGUGGCAAGGAGUCUACGGUGCAGGGAGUGAAGGGCGUGGCAACGCACUUCGUGGCCAUCGAGGCGACGACUUCGACACGCGACGAACCCGCGGAGCUGUUGAGCGUUGCAGCAGUGCGAGAAGGGGAGAAGGUGACGUAUCAAAACACCUCCACCGUAGUUCCCAUUGAGCUGGAAGAUGUGGCAGGAUUGAAAGGACUGCUGCAGAACGACCUUUUGGUGGCCAUGCUGCGCUUCUGCCGUGCUCUGCACAUCACUGAUCUGCAGUGCAGACUGGGCAGAAAUGGCUCUACCCCUUGCAUCAUAGAAGCACAGUUGCAGCUGGACGAAACGGCCGGCUACCUCUGCCACGACCUGUGGGGCCCCCUGCGCUUCCCUGUGGGCUUCGGACGCCCAGAGUUGCCCGAGGAACGACUGGUACACGACCUGGAUGCGCGGACAGGCGCCUCGUUGAAGUUCACCCUGCUGAACCGCCAGGGCCGCGUGUGGACACUGAUCGCCGGCGGUGGGGCGUCGGUGGUCUACACCGACACCAUCUGCGAGUACGGCUUCGCGAAAGAGCUGGCCAACUAUGGCGAAUAUUCUGGGGAUCCGCCUGAGGAGUUCGUCUACGAGUAUGCCAAGAUUAUCCUUGGUGUCAUGACGUCAUCACCGGAACCACAUGGCAAGGUGCUACUGAUUGGUGGAGGAGUGGCCAACUUCACUGAUGUGGCGAGUACCUUCAAGGGCCUUGUUAGAGCCCUGAAAGAAUUUGGUUCUGCACUGAAAGCCUGCGGCACGAGCGUGUGGGUACGUCGGGGCGGGCCAAACUAUGCGGAGGGCUUGGCGAAGAUGAAGAACGCCUGCGAGGAAAUGGGCCUUCCUGCAAGGGUCUAUGGUCCGGAGGCCCAUUUGACCUCCAUUGUCCGCGAUGCUUUGACAACCAGCGCGGCCGGUGGACUCAAACCUCUCGCCGAACCCAACGUGAAGAUUCCAGCGGUGAAGCCGGAUGGUGAUCAUCCACAGAAAAAACUGCGAGGAGAAAGUCAGCCUUUGAUGGAAUUUUCCGUCGAAACACAAGCUUUCGUCUACGGAAUGCAAGAAAAGGCAGUGCAGAGGAUGUUAGACUUCGACACCUUGUGCGGCCGCACGACGCCCAGCGUCGCCGCCGUGGUGAACCCCACGGGGGAGGCGACCUUCGCCAAGUUCCUCUUCGGCUCCAGCGACGUGCUGAUCCCCGUCUACACGUCUCUUCGCGACGCAGUUGAACGACAUGGCAAGGCGCCCAAGAUGUUGGUGAACUUCGCAUCGUUCCGCUCCGUCUUCGACUCGAUCAUGGAGGCCUUGGAGUUCUCAGAGGUGAUCAAAACACAGGCCAUCAUUGCCGAAGGUGUCCCCGAAGCCCUGACGCGACGCUUGCACCAUGAGGCAGCCAAGAAGGCGGUGGGCAUCAUCGGCCCCGCCACCGUGGGCGGCAUGAUGCCGGGCCGCUUUCGCAUCGGCAACGCUGGAGGGGCCCUGGAGAACUUGCUCUUGGCCAAGCUGUAUCGCCCAGGAUCAAUUGGCUACACCACGAAAUCUGGUGGCAUGAGCAACGAGCUGAACAACAUCGUGGCUCUGAACACGGAUGGCGUCAGAGAGGGCAUUGCCAUUGGAGGAGAUCGCUGGCCGGGCGUGCGUUUCUUGGACGUGCUGCUGCGCUUUGAAGCCGAUCCCAACAUAAAAAUGAUGGUCCUGUUGGGCGAAGUCGGUGGUCGCGAGGAGUACCUGGUGGCCGAGGCCCUGGCCGACGGCCGCCUCAGCAAGCCGCUAGUGGCCUGGUGCUGCGGCACGGCGGCGGAAGCCUUCGACUACGAGGUGCAAUUCGGCCAUGCGGGCGCCCGCGCGCGAGGAGACGAGGAAACGGCCGGCGCCAAGAACCGGGCCUUGGCCAAAGCAGGCGCCCACGUCCCUCGAAGCUUUGACGAAUUUGGCGAUUUGAUCGCGGCAGUGUAUCAGGUCUUGGUGAAGGCAGGUGCCAUCGUGGUGGCCGCUGAGCCCUCGGUGCCGAAGCUGCCCAGCGAUUACGACGCGCUGAAGAAGAAGGGACUGGUGCGAAAGCCCGCGAACAUCGUCUGCUCCAUCAGCGAUGAUCGAGGGGCUGAAGCCACUUAUGCAGGUGUUCCCAUCUCGGAAGUGGCCAAAGAUGAGCAGCUGGGCGUUGGGGGCGCCAUCUGUUUGCUGUGGUUCAGGCGACGCUUGCCUCCCUAUUUCUGCAAGUUCAUUGAGCUCUGCAUGAUCACCACUGCCGACCACGGUCCCUGCGUCUCUGGUGCGCACAACACCAUUGUGGCCGCGCGGGCGGGAAAGGAUUUGGUGUCUUCUUUGAUCUCUGGAUUGGCCACGAUUGGUCCCCGCUUCGGCGGCGCCUUGGACGAUGCGGCGCGGAUGUUCUGCGAGGCCUUCGAUCUGAAGCUGACGCCCGAGAAGUUCGUGGAGAAGUGCAAAGCAGAAAAGACUGUCAUUGCGGGUAUUGGACAUCGAAUCAAAUCCUUGGACAAUCCGGAUGCCAGAGUAGUCCUGAUCAAGGAAUAUGUGAAGAAACAUCUGCCCUCCACGCCGCUGCUGGACUUUGCAUUGGCGGUGGAACAAGUCACCACCAAGAAAAAGGCCAGCCUCAUCUUAAACGUGGACGGUUGCAUCGCCGUGUGCUUCGUGGACUUGCUACGGACCUGCGGCGAAUUCUCCAGGAGCGAAGCCGAUGACUUCGUCACCCACGGCGUCCUCAACGGUCUCUUCGUCUCCUCGCGCACGCUGGGCCUUGUGGGGCACUUCUUGGACCAACGCCGUUUGAAGCAGCCUCUGUACAGACAUCCCCAAGACGACGUCACGUACCUCGCGUGAGUAGGAAAAGCCCCGUGCGGGCUUCCAAGCCAUCGAUUUUUUUGCAGUUAUGGUCCUAUAGCCAGUUAUAAAUGGGAUGGAAUGACUCC